UCGUUUUUCUCGCGACGACCUACAAAACAAAAACCCCUUUUGCACUGCACACCAAAACACACAGAGAAUACCUUCGUUUCCCUAUCAAUGGCGAACUUACAGACCGCCAAAGGAGACUCGGCUUUGAGAUACGCCUUCGGGAAUGUCCUCGCCUUUUUUAUCCUUCUUUUGAUCGGCGUUCUCGCGUUCUCGAUCCGUAUUUUCUCUGUUAUAAAGUAUGAGAGUGUUAUUCAUGAGUUUGAUCCUUAUUUUAAUUACAGAGUCACUCAGUUUUUAUCAAAGAAUGGAAUAUAUGAGUUUUGGAAUUGGUUCGAUGAUCGGACCUGGUAUCCUCUUGGACGUGUGAUUGGUGGAACAGUUUAUCCUGGCUUGACCUUGACUGCCGGCACACUAUGGUGGUUGUUGAACUCCUUGAAUAUUCCUUUAUCUGUUGAGACUGUUUGUGUAUUCACGGCACCUAUUUUCUCUGCAUUUGCUUCAUGGGCUACUUACCUUUUGACCAAGGAAGUGAAAGGUGCUGGUGCCGGACUGACAGCAGCAGCUCUUUUGGCCAUGGUUCCAUCAUAUAUAUCUCGUUCGGUGGCUGGCAGCUAUGAUAAUGAAGCUGUAGCUAUAUUUGCUCUGAUCUUCACGUUCUAUCUCUAUAUAAAGACUUUGAAUACAGGAUCUCUCUUCUAUGCCACCUUGAAUGCCUUAGCAUACUUCUACAUGGUUUGCUCAUGGGGAGGAUACACCUUUAUAAUUAAUCUUAUCCCUAUGCAUGUGCUUCUGUGCAUUGUGACUGGUCGGUACUCUUCUCGGUUAUACAUUGCAUAUGCUCCUCUUGUGGUUUUGGGAACUCUUUUGGCUGCAUUGGUGCCUGUUGUGGGCUUUAAUGCAGUCCUGACAUCGGAACAUUUUGCAUCAUUUUUGGUUUUUAUCAUCAUCCAUGUGGUGGCUUUUGUACAUUAUAUCAAAGGGAUCCUUUCUCCAAAAAUGUUUAAAGUAGCUGUUACACUUGUUAUAUCUGUUGGCUUGGCAGUCUGUUGUGCUGUGAUGGCAAUUCUAAUAGCGCUGGUAGCUUCCAGCCCAACAAAAGGAUGGAGUGGGCGAAGUUUGAGUCUGCUUGAUCCAACCUAUGCAAGCAAGUAUAUACCAAUUAUUGCCAGUGUCAGUGAACAUCAACCCCCUACAUGGCCUUCUUACUUCAUGGACAUUAAUGUGUUGGCAUUCUUGGUCCCGGCUGGGAUAAUUGCAUGCUUUAUGCCUUUGUCUGAUGCAAGCUCCUUUGUUCUCCUUUAUAUUGUGACAUCUUCAUAUUUUUCUGGAGUCAUGGUGCGUCUGAUGCUUGUGUUUGCUCCAGCAGCAUGUAUAAUGUCUGGAAUUGCCCUUUCUGAAGCUUUUAGUGUUUUUACACGAUCAAUUAAGUUUCAGCUGCCGGGACUGUCAGAGAGUUCUCAAAUUGAUGCAGGGGAUGUUAGUUCAAGCAAUAGUAUAGCACAAAAUGAUGCAGAAAAAACUGAGAAAACCGAAGAUGUCGCAAAAGAACGACCUUCCAAAAAGAAUAAAAAGAAGGAAAAAGAGAUUGCGGAGAAGCCAUCCAUUAGAGCGAAAAUUCAGAAAAGGCUUCUUGUUUUACCUUUUGAGGCAUCUAUCUUUGGUAUUCUAUUACUUGUGUUGCUCGGUGCUUUCUAUGUGAUCCAUUGUGUCUGGGCAGCAGCAGAAGCAUAUUCCGCACCUUCUAUUGUGUUGACAUCUAAUUCACCUGAUGGGGGUCUACAUGUUUUUGAUGAUUUUAGAGAGGCAUAUGCAUGGCUAAGCCACAAUACUGAAGUGGAUGAUAAAGUUGCAUCAUGGUGGGACUAUGGUUAUCAAACAACUGCAAUGGCUAACCGAACUGUUAUUGUUGACAAUAAUACCUGGAAUAAUACACAUAUUGCAACUGUUGGCACUGCCAUGUCUUCUCCUGAAAAGGCAGCCUGGGAAAUCUUUAACUCCUUGGAUGUAAAAUAUGUACUAGUUGUCUUUGGAGGUCUUGUUGGCUACCCGAGUGAUGAUAUAAAUAAGUUCUUGUGGAUGGUUCGUAUUGGAGGGGGGGAGUUCCCUCAUAUCAAAGAAUCUGAUUACCUGAGAGAUGGGCAAUAUCGGAUUGAUUCUCAAGCUACACCAACCAUGUUAAACAGUCUCAUGUACAAACUUUCAUAUUACAGGUUUGUGGAAACAGAUGGUAAAGCAUAUGAUAGAGUCAGACGAACAGAGAUCGGGAGAAAACAUUUUAAACUCACCCAUUUUGAGGAGGUAUUCACAACGCACCAUUGGAUGGUUCGAUUAUACAAACUGAAACCUCAAAAGAACAGGAUCCGAGGAAAGGCCAAAAAGAAAUCGAAAACAAGCUCAACUUCUAGCUCUAAGAAAACUGGAGCUAGUAAAAGGAAUCCAUGGCAUUAGAUGACAUUUUUACAGGGUAAUACUCUUAGAUUCCUGUAUCUCAUAUUCAGUACGCAAGAGCAUUCGGAGAGGCGUCACUGAUGCGUUUAUUAAUUAUUUAACAUAUGAGAUGCGAUUAGUAGAUUAAAAGAUUUUGCAGUUUUUCAAUUGAUCAUGUAAUAGUUUCAUAUUUCUUAUAACAUUUGUGUUGUAAGUUGUAACAAACGCUAAUCAAUUUUGGACCCAAUAACUUAAA